AUGGACUUUGGCAGGAUGCUAGCUCUCACACAAGAAUUACCUGCAAAUAAAGUGGCACGGGAUCCUGAUUUCAAUGGGCGGGUCGUGCUCGUGACAGGCGGCGCAUCUGGACUCGGUCGAUGCUAUGCAAUCGCAUUCGCCAAACUUGGGGCCUGUGUCAUCGUCAAUGACCGGGCAGACCCGAAAGCUGUAGUUAAUGAAAUUCGACACGAUGGUGGUCAAGCAACUGCUGUGAUUGAUUCUGUCGAACAUGGCCAGCAGAUCGUUGACAGAGCAGUGGCCAUAUAUGGCAGGAUCGACAUACUUGUCAACAAUGCUGGGUUCGUGCGAGACAAGUCGUUCACGAAGAUGAAUGAAAGCUUUUGGGACGCGGUUCUGAAUGUACAUCUUAACGCCACCUACCACAUGACCAAAGCAGCGUGGCCACAGUUCUUAAGGCAAGGACAAGGCUGCGUGAUAAAUACAACAAGCACUAGUGGGAUAUAUGGCAACUUUGGACAGUCGAACUAUUCAGCCGCUAUACUGAAACUUGGGAUCUUGGGUCUCUCUGAAGCUACCGCUCGUGAAGGCCUGAAACACAACAUCAGGGUUAACACCAUUGCCCCAAUUGCCAGUACCGGAGGGCUAGCACAGGCGCUUUCUGGGACAAACGAGAAGAACAAGCAACGGAUCUUCAAACCCGAGUACAUCGUCCCGAUCGUCCUGCUCUUGAGUUCAGACACCCUAAACGGCAAACAGAAUCAGACAACUGGUGGGCUCUUCGAAUGUGGCUGUGGCUGGCAUGCUCGCACGAGACUUCGAUCUUCUCACAUGAUUGAUUUUACUUCAACCUCGGAGAUUUCUCCCGAAGUAUUGUUGAAUUCAUGGACUGAAAUUGUCCAAAAUCCCUCCCCAACAGCUUCGGCUACAAAUACUGGAGGGUCCAAUUUUGAUGUACUGGGACUAAUUGAGAAGGCCAAAAAGGCCGAUUCAUGGAGAGUGGAAUACAAAUUCACGAGCCGGGAUGUCAUACUCUACAACCUUGCUAUCGGUGCUAAGAGGAGUGAAUUGUCGCUGGUAUAUGAAGAAUCCAAAUCAUUCCAGCCACUCCCAACAUUUGGAGUGAUACCGUUUUUCAGCCUUGACGUUAUCUAUCACCAUGGAAGGUUCCUACCAAAAUUCAAAGCAGAUCAAUCUCUCCUGGGAGAAGUUUAUCUCGAACUCUUCCAGCGCAAGCUUCCAACUUCCGGGCAUCUGACCUCCACGCGAAGCCUCAUCGACGUCCUCGAUAAAGGCAGCGCAGCCGUCGCGCUCACCGGUUACACGACAGUCGACUCUGCAACAGGGAAAAAAUUAUUCUACAAUGAAGUUUCAUUCUUCAUGCUCGGUGCCGGUGGCUUCGGUGGUGCCAGGGAACGCGCCAAUCUAGGGGCGCCGUCUCGACAGCAUCGGAUCCCAAGUCGUCAUCCUGACGUGGUGGAUGAAUUCCAUACCUCUGAAGAGCAAGCCGCAUGGUAUAGGCUGACAGGCGACACCAUGGCAAUGCACAUCGACCCCGAGUUCAGCCGCAAAGGUGGGUUCCAGACUCCGAUUCUCCAUGGAGUGUGCUUUCUGGGCAUUGCGGGCAAACUUUUAUUGGAAAGAUACGGGGCGUAUCGGAGCAUCAAGGCAAGGUUCGCCGGAGUCGUUGUUCCAGGAAAGACGCUCAGGACAGAGAGCUGGGCGGACGAGAAGGAAAAGGACCUCGUGUUGUUUCAGAUGAGGGUUCUCGAAACGGGAAAGCUGUGCAUCGCCGCUGGCUGUAUCCGUUUGUGGGACGCAGUUGCUUCGACAAUGAAUCAGUCUCGGCUUUGA